AUGCAUGAGUUACAACUGAUCAUGCGAGACUUAGGCCAGUACGGCUGUGUCCUCCCUAAGAAUUUCCAGGUUAAUGCCAUUCUAGCCAAGCUGCCCACUUCUUGGUGUGACUUUGUCACUGCACAUCGGCACUUAAAGCAGCAAUUGACUCUUAAUGAGCUCAUUGCUGCUAUUAAUGUUGAGGAGAAGUCUAAGACAGGCUAUGGUGGGGUGAAGGUGCCUGCUCAAGCUAACCUUAUCGAGCACAAGAACCACCCUGGGAAAAAUGUGAAGAAGGAAAAGGCCAAGCUUGGUUUUUCUGGACCGAAGGCUAACACGAUGAAAAAGAAGAAGAAGCCCGAGAUUGUUUGCUACGUCUGUGGUGGGUUGGAUCACUUCUCUUUAGGGUGCAGAUGGUGGAUCCGUACUGAUGGGGAACAGGGUCUCGGUAGCAGUGCGCAGAGUAGGACAAGUGAGCUUGAAGCUGACUUCCGGCAAGACUCUUGUCCUAAAGGCGUAGAUGGUGGAUCCGUACUGAUGGGGAACAGGGUCUUGGCAGCAGUGCGCGGAGUAGGACAAAUGAGCUUGAAGCUGAUUUCCGGCAAGACUCUUGUCCUUAAGGAUGUGCUGUUCAUUCCUGUCAUGACCCAUAAUCUUCUUAGCGGAUCGAUGCUAUGCCGGUAA